AUGGCGACAGCCGAUAACCACGACCCAGCUUUGCGGAGAAGAAACUAUGUGAAAGACGCUUCUACCUCACGUGGAAUGGCCCGCGGCAGCCGAGAGUCGGGAAUGGACGCAAAGCUCCGUUCUAGAGAGGAAGGACAGGGAGGUACAAGCCGGAAGCGGCCGUGGGAGAAGACAGUGGAAAGCGAGGUUGAUACUGCGAGCUUAGACCUUCGGGAGCCAAAAGCGAGAAAAAAGAAGCGUGGGGGGAAGCAUGCGAAGGAGAAGGAGUUGAAAUGGAAAAUUGCCCAUGGACUUGUCGACGCUGAUAAUCAAAACGUGGAAGCGGUAAACCAGGGAGCGGUGGCCACUUUGUCAGGGGCCUUCCAUCCACACAACUCUGACAACAAUGUGAACACUGCUUUGGAUGAUGGGGUAGCAGCUAGCGGUGGCCUAUCUGAUGCAACCACUAGCUUUUCGACACAAGUCAAACGAUCCAAACCUUCGAAGACAGCUGGACUACCUGCUUGGAUUUCUAACCCCCUUACCAUCCCGGCCCAAAUAACGAAGUCAUCAGAAAGCGACGUUGCCGAUAUCCGUUGGGGGCUUUCCCCAAGAAUUCUAGCCCGGCUCCGCGAAAAAGAUAUCUCCCACCUAUUCCCUGUACAGAUGGCUGUCCUCCCUCGCUUGCUCAAAACUCGCCAUUCAUCAGCAUCCAUUCCUCCCGGGGAUAUCUGUGUUUCAGCGCCAACCGGGUCGGGAAAGACGCUGGCGUAUGCCCUCCCUAUUGUGGAGGCACUUCUUGAUCGCAUAAUUCCACGUCUUCGUGCGCUCGUAGUCCUUCCAACCCGAGAUCUUGCGGCGCAAGUUAAGGCCACAUUUGAUAUGCUUCUUCGCGGAAGCGACUUACGGGCUCUGCUUAUCACAGGGCAAACUCCUUUCGCCUUAGAACAGCAGCAGCUUGUAGCCAGUGAAGCCUGGGAGGUGGCAACAGAGGAACAUGGCUCAGGCAAAGUGGAUAUCGUAGUUGCAACGCCAGGGAGGCUGAUGGAUCACUUGCGAGGAACAAAAGGAUUCACAUUACGGCAUCUGAGAUAUCUGGUGAUCGAUGAAGCCGAUAGGCUUCUCAAUCAGAGCUAUCAGGAUUGGUUGACCCAUGUCCUUGCGGCAGCCGUAGCCCAGCCAGAGAGGAACCUUGCGGAUGGGAUAGUGUCCGAAUUCGGUGAGGCGACUUCAGCUACGUGUGAACCUCAACUCGAUGAAAAUGAAUUCCUUUUACAUAAGACUGCUACUUGGCGUCGGUCUCAGAUUGUUGACGGCAAGGUCUCAGCUGCUCAUUCCUCUAUUCCUUCCGUGCAUCACUACACUCCUCUCCAAAAAUUACUUUUUUCCGCCACUUUAACGCGGAAUCCAGCCAAGAUCGCAUCUCUCAAUUUGUAUGAUCCUGUUUAUAUUGCCGUGGCUCCAGCAGGUUCAGCCUCAACCGAUUUACAGCAGGAAACCGUUGUUGAGCGAUUGACUACUGAUGCACGCUUCGUUGCUCCGCAUACAUUGAGUGAACGAAUGAUAGUGUGCACUUCCGCGGGCGAAAAACCACUAAUGCUAUUACACCUGCUCUGCAAUCUCGGACUGACCGGUGCGUUAGUUUUUACCAAGUCCGUUGAAGCAGCGCAUCGGCUGGCAGCAUUGCUCCAGCUUUUUUCCUCGUCCUACGAGAUGCCUGAAAGCAGUAGCGAGGAUGAGAGCACUGAAGGAGGUGCCGUAAAAGAAGCUAAAUCCGCGAGCACAAUUGCUCAAGCCUUUUCAUCCGAUCUUCCGCCUUCUGAAAGAAAGCGUCUUCUAUCCUCCUUCAGGGAUGGAAAGCUCACCGCACUAAUUUGUUCAGAUGUGAUGGCUCGCGGAAUGGAUUUGGGCGAAAGUGUCAAAGCCGUCGUCAACUACGAUGUACCGACGCGCGUAAAGACGUACGUUCAUCGAAUCGGUCGUACCGCUCGAGCCGGGCGCGUGGGAGUCGCUUACACCAUCUUGGAGGAUAGAGAAGUAAGAUGGUUUAAGGGAGAGAUGGCAAAAGUUGAACGCUCUGGAAGUGAGAAAGUCGAGAAGUUAAAAGUAGUCUCGGAUGACGUGGAAGGCCUUACCGCGCCAUAUCAAAAGGCCUUGGCGGAACUUGGAGGUCUGGUGAAAGGAAACCAUGUGGAGAAUGAACAUCCAGGAGGGUCAUCUGAUUCUGAAUCUGACUCAAGUGAUAACGAGUCAGAUACCAGUGCAGACGAGAUUAGUGGGGAGGAUACCGUAGAUAGUGGCAGUGAAGAAAGUGAAGAGGAGAGUGGAUCUCCUCAAGGUAGGGGAACGGACGACACGACGGAACACUCAAUGAUAAAUAUGGACCGAGAAGUGUCCGUUUCUGACUCCCGUCUGCUGCAUGAAAACACUGGCCGGUUGGAGGCAGCCUUGAAGUCGGCAGCCGAAUUCGUCAGCUCGUCUGGUGGGACAUUGAAUUGGUGGUCAUAGUGAUCAGAUUUAGAGCAAAAGCAUCUUGUAUAUAGAAUUUAGCAUAGUUACAUAAUCUUUUCUUGCCGCUACCUUUAGAGGCCGCCUACAGGAAUGUACUAUAUAGUGUCUAAAUAACAAAUCAGAGGCCUAUCCAAUA